AUGUCCUUCCUCAAAGCAAACUCGGCCACCGGCAUGAACGCUCCUUCGCCUACGCCCUCGACCUCCUCUGCCAGCGGGAAGCGCAAGCGUCCGGCCGAUGGAGCGCCCCCAGUUGUCUACUCGCAGCCGCAGGACACGGGCACUGGUGAGCACGUCUUUACCCGUCUCACCUAUGUCAACGACUUCCUGCGCGAACGAAAGGACAAAUGGCACACGUUUGAUGACAUCAUGGAAUACCUCAACAUCCCGCCCGGUCAUAUCCAGCGCGAACAGCUCCGCCAGCUCAUGCGUGCCGACAACCAAGGCAACAGAAUUAGCUGGGACUCUACAAACGAGCGCUACAAAUACAAGAGCAAGCUUAGCAUCCACGACCGUGCGCAGUUAAAGGGCCAUUUUCAAACGCAAAAGUCGGCCAUGGGACUUCAGAUCAAAGACCUGAAAGACGGCUGGUCCACCGUGGCCGACGACAUUACAAAGAUGGAGGACAAGAAGGAGGUCUUGGUGCGGCGCGCCAAGGACGGCGUACCAAAGACCGUCUGGGGCAAUGACCCCUCUCUCAUGCUACCCAUGGAUCCCGUCUUCGCAAAGGCAUGGCAUUCGGUUCAGGUGCCCGACAAUCCGGAUGAGUUGCGUAAGGCGCUGUUAGCCAACAAGUUAACGGCUGCUACUCAAGCCAAGGUUAUUGUCGCUGCCCCCACGAACAAGAAGAAGAAGGGUCCCCGCCGUGGUGGCAAGCAGACCAACACCCAUAUGAUUGGUAUCUUGAAGGACUUUUCUGGAAUGAGGAAGUAA